GUUUGGAGGCAGCUAUAAAAGUCUUAUUGUGUCCUCCGCCCCUCCACUUGUUCAUCUUACCCUCCAUCUCCAGACCUUCUGUCUUCUCCCGCCAUCACCUUUCCUCUUGCUUUAUUUUGUUUUUCUUUGCAGCUAUCCAUCUGUUCAUUCAGCUGGCAGAAUGGUAAUGACCGAUCUUUUAAAACCUGAGGAGAUCAAGAAAGCUCUUGAUGCCUUUGCAGUGGAAACCUUUGACCCUAAGAAGUUUUUUGAGAUGGUGGGAAUGAAGGCCAUGUCAGCUGAAAACGUCAAGAAGGUCUUUCAGGUUCUGGAUGUGGAUGGUAGUGGAUUUAUAGAGGAAGAGGAGCUCAUGUUUGUACUGAAGGGAUUUUCAAAGGACGGCAGGGAUCUGACGGAUGCCGAGACAAAAGCAUUCCUCAAAGCUGCAGACAAAGAUGGCGAUGGCAAAAUUGGCAUUGACGAGUUUGAGGCCUUGGUGCAUGAGUAAGGGGAUAGCUGAAACCCCUUCUUCUUUCUCCGUCUCUUCGUUCCCGCAUUUGUAAACGCCCACCUUCAUACUCUUCCUACCUCCCUCUGGACCCCACUUAUGGAGUCAGACCAGGCCUGUUCUCUUCAAAACACUAACAAUAACAGGCUGACUGGGAGUCACGAUGAGGAGAAUCCUACCGGCAGUGCAUCAGUUUCCUCUAUCAUUUUUUGUAUAUUUAUUUAACUAAACAUGCUGUACAGAUUCUAGAAUGACAAAUGAGGAUAGUUUGUGGUAUAAAAAUGGGUGGUAAUAGUGCUGUAAGUGGUGUAGAUGUUCAAGACACCUUUAAUCUCAGUUUGUUUCCUCUGUCUUAUGGCAGGCUGUGCACUAUGUUGUCACUGAUUUUAUUUCUAGAUGUUCAUUUAUUAGUUCACUUUCUUCCCACUGCUCUUCCUCCUCCACCCUCCCUGACCUUCCUCCUCUCACCUCUGACCCUUCCUUCACCUCCUCCUCCUCACUUCCAAACUCUGAAAAGAUGAUGUGGUAAAAAUAUCAUUUAUAAAGAGAGCUGUAAAGAGAGAAGACACCAGUAAGACGUGAUAAUAAAAACAUCUGAGAUCCUUUGUCUUUA